AUGAAUACCAAUGAAAGAUGUGAAGAUGGAAUAACCGAUCUUAUUAAUACCGCAUUUCAUGAUAGUAAAGAAAUAGCCAAGCUUCUUAUUUCGCAUGGUGCAAAUAUCAAUGAAAUAGAUUAUUUUGGAAGAACAGCUCUUCAUUAUUCAGCAAUUCAAAAUAAUAAAGAUAUUGUCGAACUUCUUAUUUCACAUGGUGCAAAUAUCAAUGAAAAAGAUAAUGAUGGGAAAACCCCUCUUCAUCUUGCAGUAGACCAUAAUUAUACAGAAGUAGCCGAACUUCUUAUUUCACAUGGUGCAACAAAUAGUGUUCAUACAUAA